GGAGUCUCGCUGACUUCUGCCCCGGAAGUUUUUCUUCCCCAGAACCGAGCACGUUGGGAGCCGGUUUUGCGGUGGCUUUUCCUAGGCUGCCUCCUGAUCAUGUCUUCCAAGAAGAACAGAAAACGGCUGAACCGAAGCGCAGAGAAUGGUUCAACCUCGCCCUCCUCUGCUUCCUCUCCUUCGGGGCCCCCUGCUCCUUCUGCUGGGCCAGGCACGGCGGCAGCGGCCGGGAUUCUGGUGGUGACCAACUUCUUAGAAAAGGAUGACAAAGUUCCUAAAACAUUCCAGAAUUCCCUUGUUCAACUUGGACUCAACACUAUGAAAUCCGCAAAUAUAUGUAUAGGUCGACCAGUGUUGCUUACCAGUUUGGAUGGAAAACAAGAGGUCUAUACGGCCUGGCCUGUGGCAGGAUUUCCUGGAGGUAAGGUUGGCCUGAGUGAAAUGGCACAGAAGAAUGUGGGCGUGAAGGUUGGUGAUGCCAUCCAAGUCCAGCCAUUGUUGGGUGCUGUGCUACAGGCUGAGGAAAUGGACCUGGCACUCAGUGACAAAAAUGUGGAUAUUAAUAAAGAACAACUGACUGGUUGUCUUCUGAGAAAAUUAGAUGGCAAGAUUGUUUUACCAGGCAACUUUCUGUAUUGUACAUUCUACGGACGACCAUGCAAAUUGCAAGUGUUGGAAGUGAAAGGGACAGAUGGCAAGAUAUUGAGAAGGCCUCAGAAUGACUCUGACAUUGAUGCCAAGGGAAUGGCCUAUGAACAGUCCAGCAGAGAAACCAGUACCCUGGAUGUAUCCCUACAACUAAGCCAGUUAGAUCUGGAAGAGCCUCGGGACCCAACAUCAAGCAGUACUCCUUGCAAACCAGUAGAUGACAGAAUGAUAAAUAAAGCUAGUGACAUUUUGUCGGAUGUUACACAGAGUCCUGGGGACAGCAGCGGACUUGGACUAGGGGAAGUCACAGGACUUAAAUGUAGUUUUGAGUCAGCCAGAGGAAGAAAUGAGCAACUUGUCAAUGAAGAGAGAUUGCUAAAGUCAGCAUGUGUGGGAACAAAGUGCAACACUGAUAUUUUUUAUUUUAUUUCUUCAACAACAAGAGUCAAUUUUACAAACAUUUGUACAAAUUCAAAAGAGCAAGACAACCAAUUCAAAGUAACGUAUGACAUGAUAGGAGGCUUAAGUAGUCAGCUGAAAGCAAUUAGAGAGAUUAUUGAAUUGCCUCUCAAACAGCCUGAACUUUUCAAGAGUUAUGGAAUUCCCCCACCUAGAGGAGUGUUACUCUAUGGACCUCCAGGUACUGGAAAGACAAUGAUUGCCAGGGCGGUUGCUAAUGAAGUUGGAGCCUAUGUUUCUGUAAUUAAUGGUCCUGAUAUUAUAAGCAAAUUCUAUGGGGAGACAGAAGCAAGGUUACGGCAGAUAUUUGCUGAAGCCACUCUACGGCACCCAUCAAUUAUUUUUAUUGAUGAGCUGGAUGCACUUUGUCCUAAGAGAGAAGGGGCUCAGAAUGAAGUGGAAAAGAGAGUGGUAGCGUCACUCUUAACACUGAUGGAUGGUAUUGGUUCAGAAGGAAGUGAAGGACAGGUGUUGGUCCUUGGGGCCACAAAUCGCCCUCAUGCCUUAGAUGCUGCACUUCGAAGACCUGGACGAUUUGAUAAAGAGAUUGAGAUUGGAGUUCCUAAUGCUGCAGAUCGGCUAGAUAUUCUCCAGAAACUGCUUCAAAGGGUACCCCAUUUGCUCACUGAAGUUGAACUGUUACAGCUGGCAAAUAGUGCUCAUGGAUACGUUGGAGCAGACUUGAAAGCCUUGUGUAAUGAAGCAGGUCUUUAUGCCUUAAGGAGAGUCCUGAAGAAACAACCUAAUCUCUCUGAUGGCAAGCUGGCUGGAUUGGUGAAGAUUACUCUAAAUGAUUUCUUACAGGGGAUGAAUGACAUCAGGCCCAGUGCCAUGAGGGAAGUAGCAAUUGAUGUACCAAAUGUAUCCUGGUCAGAUAUAGGAGGACUGGAAAAUAUCAAACUGAAAUUGAAACAGGCUGUAGAAUGGCCCUUGAAACAUCCAGAGUCUUUCAUUCGAAUGGGUAUUCAACCACCUAAAGGAGUUCUUCUGUAUGGACCACCUGGAUGCUCUAAAACAAUGAUUGCAAAGGCUUUGGCCAAUGAGAGUGGCCUGAAUUUCCUAGCUAUAAAGGGGCCUGAAUUAAUGAAUAAAUAUGUUGGUGAAUCUGAAAGAGCAGUUAGAGAGAUCUUCCGAAAAGCGAGAGCAGUGGCCCCUUCCAUUAUUUUCUUUGAUGAACUUGAUGCCUUAGCAGUUGAAAGGGGCAGUUCUUUAGGUGCUGGGAACGUAGGUGACCGUGUUCUGGCUCAGCUCUUAACAGAAAUGGAUGGCAUUGAACAGUUAAAGGAUGUGACAAUUUUGGCAGCUACUAACCGCCCAGAUAGGAUAGACAAGGCUUUGAUGCGGCCUGGAAGAAUUGACAGAAUCAUCUAUGUGCCUUUACCAGAUGCAGCAACAAGAAGGGAAAUAUUUAACCUGCAGUUUCACUCUAUGCCGAUCAGUAAUGAUGUGGAUCUGGAUGAACUCAUCCUCCAAACAGAUACAUAUUCAGGAGCAGAGAUUAUAGCAGUCUGUAGAGAGGCAGCCCUUCUGGCUCUGGAAGAAGACAUUCAAGCCAACUGCAUUAUGAGAAGACAUUUUACUCAAGCCUUGAGCACUGUGACACCGAGAAUUCCUAAAUCACUGAGACGUUUCUAUGAAGAGUAUCAAGAGAAGAGUGGGCUACAUACACUCUGAGAAAGUAUACAUAUUCAGUAUGCUAAAAACGCUUACUAGAGAAAACUUGUUUCUUUUUUAAGAAUUUUUUCUUGAGACUGUCAGAAAAUAAGCAAAGUGUCUGAAAUAUGUUGACUGGAAAUUGAGAGGCUUCAGUGGUUAAAGACAUUUUAAAUGAGAUGGAUACAAUGAAAAUAUCCAUGAAAGUCUCUGGACAUGAGUUUAAAUCAGUUUUAUCUGGAUAUGUGUGCUGAGUUUUAAAAAUCAAACUUUAGCUUUUUCAUUUUUGACCUGGUUUAUUCAUCCCAUGAAAUGCUCUCCUAACUCCAGAAUCUUUUUCACUGCAUUCCUAAGUGCCCAGCCUAUGAGCAUCAGUUCUAUACAAGAACAUAAAGAAUGCAUGUGGAUUAGUCCAUAGUGAGAAAGAUUUACAGGUCUUUAUUUUUAAAGGCCAGCCAGUGAAAUAGCCAAAUGCACCAAUCAGAUUUAUAUAUAUAUUUUUUAAGAUUUUAUUUAUUUAUUUGACAGAGAGAGACACAGCGAGAGAGGGAACACAAGCAGGGGGAGUGGGAGAGGGAGAAGCAGACUUCCCGCCGAGCAGGGAGCCCGAUGCGGGGUUUGAUCCCAGGACCCUGGGAUCAUGACCUGAGCCAAAGGCAGACACUUAACAACUGAGCCACCCAGGAGCCCCUGCACCAACCAGGUUUAUAUGGCAUGUUUCCAGAUAUGUUUUGUUUUCAUUAUAAUUCACACCUACAUUUUUGCUUUGGCCUUCUUAAUCUGUACUUACGGUGAUUAAAAAAAAAAGAAUUAAGAGUUAUUUCAUGUAAUGCCCUUUGCAAAUUUAAAAAAUUGGAAGUAUAAUCCCAAUCCAGGCCUAGAGCAACAGAGUUGUUUUGUUUCAUAAAAUACUAUAAAUAAAUUGUAUGUUAGUGUUUUAAUUUGCACCCAUUUUCAGGUUACCAAUAAAUUUUUUCAGUUCAAAGAUAAACCAAAUUGUACUCUUAAUUAUAUUGUCUUAUGCUGCAUUCGAAAUACGUAUAUUUGUGCUCCUAAUUAUUUAUCUUUAGGAUUUCUUGACACUUUAAUAUUCCAUAAAUAUCUUUGAAAAACUGUCAGAAAUUGACUCCCUGACUUCCAGUUGAGAAGUUGGCAAUGGAAAGAAUGUGCACUGAGACAUGCUCACUGUAGAUCUUUGAAAAUUUCCAGAAAGAUAAGUCAGGCGAGAAAUACCUGAUGAUCACAAUAAUGGGACUAUACGGUGUUGUAUUCUGAAGUCAUGUCUCAAAAUAUCUUAUCCUUUGACUAUCAAAAAUAGAUUUGUAAGGCCUUUUUUUUCCCCAGACUACAUUGGGUUUAUUAGUAUAUACAUAAAACCACCCAGGUAACAAAGAAUAUGACCACUACUUAGAGCUGUGCUGCAAAUGCAAUAGCUACUAGUCACAUAUGGCUAUUUAAGUUUAAAUUUUAAUGAAUUAAAAUUAAAUGAUACUAAAAAUGUAGUUCACCAGACACGUUAGCCACAUUUCAAGUGUUCCAUAGCCACCUGUGACAAGUGUCUGCCGUGUGGACAGAAUAGAUUGUAGAACCAUUUCCAUCACUAGAACAUUCUGUUGGUUUCUGCUGAUUUAGAAUAUAAGGCUCACACAAUGAAAUAAACAGGACCUCAAGAUUACUUUUAUGCUUCCCAUUUUCAGAAAAUAAGAGAAAAACCUUAUCCCCAAAGGCCUAAACAGAAAAAAAAAAAAAAUUUAAAUUCUCACUGCCAAUAAAAUAAAAACCAGCAAUAAGCUUGAACUAGCACAGGCUCUCAGGCUGGAAGCUGGGUGGUGGGGAGGGAAGGGGGCAAUCUCAGUCAACAAGGAGCUCAGCUGUUAAUGACCACUCAGACCCUUCAGCCCAUGUGACAUAGAAGUCAUAACCAAGGGCGCCUGGGUGGCUCAGUUGGUUAAGCGACUGCCUUUGGCUCAGGUCAUGAUCCUGGAGUCCCGGGAUCGAGUCCCGCAUCGGGCUCCCCGCUCGGCGGGGAGUCUGCUUCUCCUUCUGACCCUCCCCCCUCUCAUGCUCUCUCUCUAUCUCAUUCUCUCUCUCAAAUAAAUAAAUAAAAUCUUUAAAAAAAAAAAAAAGAAGUCAUAGCCAAGCCUCAUACAUAAUGCCCAGAUCACUAAAGACCAACACCUUCAGUGUAAGGGCAAAUUAGAAAAAAAUUCCUCCUGCUGACCAGAGAAAUCACAAGGAGCGUCUCUUGACUUGCUCUGUGCUUUGGCUUUGAAAAGAAAAGAAGCAGCUCCUCUGAGAAUUCUUUGAGCUUACCUGACCACGGCUUCUGGGUUUGAAUUCACACCACCUUUGUGGUACAGAAGCUUGAAACCUAAAAACUAACAUGAAAAUAUGGAUCCAUGCUAAAAAUAUCCUUGGGAUGACUAGCAGUUCCAAUAGUUGGAGGAAUAUAGCCUUACCCAGGCCGCAGAAGAUUCCAACAGCUAAAACCCUACUUACAGAGUUUAUAAUCCCAAAGGAUGUGGAGCAGUGGAGCAUAAAUUGGUACAGCUACUUCGGAAAGCAACUAGCAUAUCUAGUAAUGUUGAAGACCCGUAUAGUCUUCAGAGUUCUCCUCGGUGUAUGUCUCAGAGCAAGUUGUUUUCAAGGAGGUCAUGAUUAAGAAAAUCAUAGCACUAGUAUUUAAAUAGUAAGAAACUAGAAAUGAUCUAUCCAUCAGUCAGAGAAUGGAUUUCUAUGGAUACCCAUACAAUGCAAUACUUAAGGCAGUAAAAAAGUAAUUAAAGCUACAUGGAAAAUGGGAAUUUCAAAAAGAACAUUUCAGAAAAAUAUAUUUAUUUAAAGUUUAAGGCAUGCAAAAUAAUAUAUGUUGUUUAUGGGAACACAUGUAGUAGAAGAAUACAUGGAGGGAAAUGAAAAGCAUCAAAUACCAGGGAGAAUUUCCUCAGGGGAGAAAAGUUGAAAUGUCCUAUCUUAAACUGGGUGAUGUGAAUACAGGUGUUGAUUGUAAUCCAGUCUACACUUUUUUAUGCCUAAGUAUUUCAUAAUAAUGUUUAAAAGAUCAGCCUUAAACUGACAAGUUAUACUGCAAAGGGCAAAAUGCAUCUCAAGCCCUGUUCUGCGUUCCUAACGAGCAUCACAAUCCUAUCCUUCCACCCAGUCAGUGGACUUCCAGUGCAAUCCACGAUGCCUACCACCCCGUGUGUCUGGAAAAUCAGAAGUACCAGGAUGAUAGAAUAAAACCCAAGAAGGCAAAAAAAGGAUCAGGCUUUAGGACCCAGGAAAUGAGAAAUUUGUUGGUGAGAGUUAGUGGUUAGGUGAUCCUUCUCUGAGGGGAUAAAUCUGGAGUGAGAUCUGUUUCCAUGGCACUGUGGUCGCUCAAGGAGCAGGAAGUUAAGAAUUUAAAAAGAUUUUAGAGCAUUACAUCUUUAAUCUAUUACAAACCAAUUAUUUUUUUCUAUCUUUAGAUAGCUAAUUAUUAUCGUUGAAAAGGCAAUGAUCAUCUUUAUUUGAAGUUUGUGCCCUUUUUAUAACAGUACCAGUAAAAACCUGAGUCAUAGAAAAGAGCAGGUCAGGUGUCACUAAUAACAGUUUACCCCAGCUUCAUCUCUGUGAGGGCUUUACUUCUGAUGCCCGAGUCUCCUAUGUGUGGAUUUAAAAUCGUGUGUAUUAUUUGGGUUUGUUUGUGAUUGAAUGACACAGUAUAGUUCAUGGAAAAUUUAAGUGCAGCAAGAAAAGAAAACGUCCAGCUUCCUGUCUUAAGAAAACAAUUUGCUUUAUUGGCAUCUGGUCAAAUGUUUGUCGUUGGUCCAGAUUCUCUUCAGGGUUUCAGGAUACUCACAUUGACACUUUUUGUUUUUUUUUUCAGUGUUCCAAGAUGGUUUUGUUUCAAUAGUCAAAUUAGUGUUUCUUUCUAACAACAAAAUUUAGAAGAAUGGCUUCUAAUUUUUUACUCCUUUAUGACAAAGAAAGUGUAUUUCUAAGCUUAAUUCUGACUGCCCUAACUUUGCUUGAAAAAUGUUUAGUUCUGUGUUAUUUCUAAUAUAUAAAACAGGUUUUUUAAAUAAUGUAUAGGUUUUCCACUUUGGAAAAAUAAUUAUUGAAUUUAUAGAAAAACCAAGCUUGAGUGUAUGUUUAAUUUAUCUUAAUCAGGAGAAGGCUGCAGAAAAGUUGCUAUAAAGAUAGAAUGAAGUUAUUUCCCUGGCCUGUUGUUACUUAAAUUUCUGAAGGUGAGGUUGUUAGAGUUUUGGUUCAUUUUGUCAUGUUUCCCUGAGUCCUUCUGUUAAAGAUGAGCACACACCAAAACACCUUUUGAAAUUAUAUAUGGGUUGAAUUUGCAGGUCCACAUAGAAAUUCUAAUGCUCCAAGUUGAUUUGCUUUCCUUCCUUCAGUUUCCAUUAUAACAGUUGCAUGCAUGGAUAGGCUUUUUACCUACUAUCUGUCAAAUAUACCCCAGUAGCCUAUAUCUUUUAGGACUCACUUUUGGGGAAAAGAAUUCAUUCUAGCAAAUUUAGGCAGAAAGAGUUGUUACAAGGUUUUAAAUGGGUUACAAAAUUAUUGAGAAAUUUGUAGACUCCUCUUUCAAGACCCAGUGAUAAACAUUUCUGGAAAGAUGGUUAAAAUGACGCACUUAAGGUACCACACACAACAAAACCCAAAGAAAUGAAAAGAAAGAAAAAUAGAGUUCAUCUAUGCUGAAAUCAGGGAAUGGAUUAAACCCCAGGUAAAGUAUUUCAAAGGCUAUCCGUCAAGUACAACACAUUUCGGACCAACUUUUUUAAGUUGGUUAAUUCCAUGAAUUCCAGGAAGUUCAACAUCUUACUCUGCUUCAGAACACAUAUGAUGUGUUAAGACCCCAUCAAUUGUAAGACUAUUAAUUUAAAAACACUUUUUUGGAAAAAAUAAUAAAUUACUGUGAUUUUAAUAUUAUUACAUCCUGAUUUCAGAAACAUUAAAAUGUGAAAAAUAUUUGGGGCACCUGGGUGGCUCAGUCAGUUCAAGUGUCCAACUUUUGGUUUCAGCUCAGGUCACAAUCUCAGGGUCCUGGGAUGGAGUGUAGUGUCUGGCUCCACGCUCAGAGGGAGUCUGCUUAAGGAUUCUCUCUCUCCUUCUCUCCCUCUCCCUCUGCCCCUUGCCCCCCCACCCCCGCUCGCAGAGUCUCUCUCUCUCAAAUAAAUCUUUUUUAAAAUUGUGAAAAAUAUUCGUAUUAAAAUCAGUCAAAUACAGUUAAGUGAGUUGGGAACUGACAUGUGAUAGUAUGUUCAUAUGUUUGUCAUAAACCCACAGCAAUUAAACACUAUUGGCACCAACAUAAUCAUAAACAAUAAUAAAAAUGUUGACAGGUAAAAAGGAGAGUCAAGGAUAUGGAGCACAGAUUAUUUGGGGCCAGGAAUAAUCACAGAUUGAAAUAUCCCAGAGGGAAAUAGCAACAGGGGAACCAUGCCAAAAAUCUGGGGGGGAAAGUUUGGCAGUGGAGGAGAAACAAAGUACUGAAAGCUAGAGUACGUUAGGAGAGACACUUUCUGAGGAAAGAGGAAAAUGGUUUAGAAUACAACUGCUUUGAAAUCUCAAAAAUGUUAAAAUACAGGCAAUGUGAUAUGGGAUAUAAUAAAACAUUUGAAUAAGAUUCAAAAGGAACAGAGCUAAUGGAAUUUAUAAUUUAUUCCACAAAUAUGCUCCCACAGAUACAAAAUGGCAUAUUAUUUACCAUCUAAUGGUGAAGUAUUUAUUGUAGCCUUAUUUGUUAUAAUAGCAAAAUAUUAGAACAAUUCAAGUAUCUAUCAAUAGGGUCUAUUUAAAAAAUUAUAGUAUGUCCAUACAAUGGAACAUUAUAGUGCUAUAAAAAAAAUAAAUAAGCUCUUUAUAAACUGAUCUAGUAAUUUCCUCCAAGAUACAGAGAAUCUAAAUAACUUAUAACAAAUAUAUGCUUAAACUCUGCAAACAGAGAAUGCAUAAUAUUUUAUUCUCUCAUAUAAUCUAUAUAAAUUAUAUAAUAGGGUGUAUACACAUGCACAUACACAAAAUAUUUGCAAAUGCAGAAAUGUUGUAGAAUGUGCCCUAUAAUCACCAUGUAAUAAAACUAAAACUGAGAGGGGCGCCUGGGUGACUCAGUCGUUAAACAUCUGCCUUCGGCUCAGGUCAUGAUCCCGGGGUCCUGGGAUUGAGCCCCGCAUUGGGCUCCCUGCUCCGCGGAAAGCCUGCUUCUCCCUCUCCCACUCCCCCUGCUUGUGUUCCCUCUCUUGCUGUCUCUCUGUGUGUCAAAUAAAUAAAAUCUUUAAAAAAAAAACCCUAAAACUGGGAAAGGCAUCUGGGUGGCUCAGUCAGUUAAGCAGCUGCCUUCAGCUCAGGUCAGGAUCUCAGGGUCCUGGGAUCAAGCCCCUAAUCGGGCUCCCUGCUCAGGGGGAAGUCUGCUUCUCCCUUUCCCUCUGCUGCUUCCCCACCCCCUGUUGCUCCUGCAUGUUUUCCCGCUCUCUCUCAAAUAAAUAAAUAAAAUCUUAAAAAAAAAAAAAACAAAA